AUGUGCAGUAACGAGAGUCCACCACCGGCGAAAGAACCACUAGCCGUCGGAUUGGGUAACCCUAUGACUGGUUUUUUGCCCGGUCUCGAGCACUAUCGUCUUCAAUUGUACCACUACGCGAUGGCGGAGAGGCUAAGGUUAGCUCAGCAGCUGCACCCUCAGCAUCCAGGAGUCGGCCAUCCCCCUUCCAGCGCUCCUACGCAUCUUGGAAUGAGUCCAGGGUUUCCGGCGCCCUUGCCCCUGUAUCCGGCAGCAGCGGCCGCUGCCGGAUAUCCAAGUAGAUUAGCUUUAUCCAUGGCGCUGUUGCAUCCUCAUCAUCAACGGAUACCGGAGGAACCGAAGCCUCAACACAGUUAUAUCGGUCUAAUCGCCAUGGCAAUUUUAUCCUCUCCAGAAAAGAAACUAGUGCUGUCAGAUAUUUAUCAACAUAUCCUCGAGCACUAUCCGUACUUUCGAACCCGUGGUCCAGGCUGGCGGAAUUCCAUCAGGCACAAUCUUUCGCUAAACGAUUGCUUCGUGAAAUCUGGCAGAAGCGCCAAUGGCAAAGGUCAUUACUGGGCCAUUCAUCCUGCUAAUCUCGAAGACUUCCGUCGCGGAGAUUUCAGGAGACGCAAGGCUCAAAGGAAAGUCCGUAGACACAUGGGUCUUGCAGUGGACGAAGAACCAGAUAGUCCAAGUCCUCCACCUUUACCAGCCACUCCGCCUCCCCCUGCCACGCUAGGACCACCAGUAGCCUCUCAACCCAUGCCAGGCAUCUGGACACCCCAUCACCAUCAUCCUCAUCACCAACAACAGCAGCAACAGCAACAACAGCAACAAACCUUCCAGAGUCAGACUCUACGACAGUCCUCGUCCUUUCAACCAUCCAGAAAAAGGCAAUUCGACGUGGCGUCACUGUUGGCACCUGAUGAUCAAAUCGAAUCUGAUCUAAGGCCAACUAAGACGAGGAGGUUCAGCUGCAGCGAGGACGAGUUACAUGAUCUCCAGGAGCCUGAUCAGGACGAGGAGGACGUGGACGUGGACGUGGUCGCUGAAACGAACGCUCUACCGUCGCCUAAUACGCCGUCGGCCAGUCCAGACGCCAAGAUCAUCUCCACAGUUGGACACUGGACCAAUCAGGGUAUACAGAACAGCAAUCAACAGAUUUCCGGGCUGCAUCUUCAGAAUCAUCUGCAAGCGAGGAAUUACUAUGUACCGGCCACAUCUAGUACCGGGCCAAGCGUCUAA